GGAAAACAAAAUAAAAAAAAAACAGAUUGUUUUGGUCUCUUUCUCUUUAACCUCGUUCAACUUCAAAUACAAAAAAGCAAAACUUUCAAUUCUUUUGGAAAGAAAUUUUUGCUUUCCCUAUACUUCUUCCUCUGUCAUUUAUAAACUCUCCCUACUCUUUUUUUAUUUUUCUCUUAUUAUUUUGUUGAACAAUAACUAGUCAUGUUACGAUCCCUUGCUACCAAACGAGUUAGCACAACUGUCACUCGAAACUUGCGUGUGUUGCCAAAUGUUACUCGAUCUUUCGCCACUGAAGCUGACCCUAACGCCAAUCCUAUUACUGGAAAGACAACAUUCGGUAACUUAUCUGAUGAAGAUCGUAUUUUCACCAACUUAUAUUUGAAGCAUGAUUACAAACUCAAGGGUGCUUUGAAACGUGGUGAUUGGUAUAAGACCAAGGAACUUGUCCUCAAGGGUCAUGAUUGGAUCAUCAAAGAAAUGAAAGAAUCUGGUCUUCGUGGUCGUGGUGGUGCUGGUUUCCCUUCAGGUUUGAAAUGGAGUUUUAUGAACAAACCUUUGGAUGGCCGUCCUCGUUAUUUGGUUAUCAACGCUGAUGAAGGUGAACCUGGUACUUGUAAAGAUCGUGAAAUCAUGCGUGGUGAUCCUCACAAGUUAAUCGAAGGUUGCUUGUUGGCUGGUUCUGCUAUGAAGGCUAAUGCUGCUUACAUUUAUAUCCGUGGUGAAUUCUAUCAAGAAGCUUCUCAUCUUCAAGAAGCUAUUAACGAAGCUUACGCUGCUGGUUUGAUUGGCAAGAAUGCCUGCGGCUCUGGUUAUGAUUUUGACGUUUAUAUUCAUCGUGGUGCUGGUGCUUACAUUUGUGGUGAAGAAACUAGUUUGAUUGAAUCCAUCGAAGGCAAGCAAGGCAAGCCCAGACUUAAGCCUCCAUUCCCUGCUGAUGUUGGUUUGUUCGGUUGUCCUACUACUGUUACCAAUGUCGAAACUGUUGCUGUAGCUCCUACUAUUCUUAGACGUGGUGGAUCUUGGUUUGCUAGUUUCGGUCGUCCUCGUAAUAGUGGUACCAAGUUAUUCUGUAUCUCUGGUCAUGUCAACAAUCCCUGUACCGUAGAAGAAGAAAUGUCAAUUCCUUUGAGAGAAUUGAUUGAAAAACAUUGUGGUGGUGUCCGUGGUGGAUGGGAUAACUUGCUCGGUAUUAUCCCUGGUGGUUGUUCCGUUCCUGUCAUUCCUAAAGAUAUCUGUUCUGAUGUGUUGAUGGACUUUGAUGCUCUUCGUGAUGUGAACUCUGGUCUUGGUACUGCUGCUGUGAUUGUGAUGGAUAAAUCUACUGAUAUUGUUCGUGCUAUUUCUCGGUUCGCUAAAUUCUACCGUCAUGAAUCUUGUGGUCAAUGUACUCCUUGUCGUGAAGGUACCAAAUGGCUUGAAACUAUGAUGGAUCGCUUUGAAGAUGGUCGUGGUCGCCCUGAAGAAAUUGAUCAAAUCUGGGAAUUGACUAAACAAAUUGAAGGACAUACUAUUUGUGCUCUUGGUGAUGCUGCUGCUUGGCCCGUGCAAGGUUUGAUUCGCCAUUUCCGACCAGAACUUGAAUCUCGUAUGGCCGCUUUCCAAAAGUCCUUGGCAUCCUCUGCAUCUGCUUGAACAAGUACCCUUGGUGACAAUGAUCGUUGGAAUUAGUAUAUUAGUAAUACAAAGAAUUAUAUAUUUAUCGUUUUUUUCUUAGUUUGUAGAUUUUGUUUUUUUUCAAAUAAAAUAAAAACCAUUUGGAUUUUUUACCCCCCUA